CUGCCCCCUUUGCCUCCCAGUUCCUUCUCUCCCCCUCUUGACUCCAGUCAGUCUCCCCAAUUGAGGGGAAAAGAGGCAGAGGAGGCGAUCUCAGCCAAAGCAUCAUCUCCAGGUCAGUGGAUCCUUGGCAAAGUGAAAUUUCUGCUAUGACCACAACACCAUCCUUCUCUCCCAGCUGUCAGGACAUCCCCCAUGAAGACAGUACCAGGGCACUAACUGUUCUGUGUAUAGCCUCCACCCAGGAGCCAUAAUGGGAAGUGUCAGUAGCCUUAUCUCUGGGCACAGCUUCCAUAGCAAACACUGCCGGGCAUCACAGUACAAGCUGCGCAAGUCAUCCCACCUGAAAAAACUGAACAGAUAUUCGGAUGGGCUGCUGAAAUUUGGCUUCUCUCAGGAAACCAGCCACAAUAAGUCCAACUCAAAGGGCAACAAAAAUGAAGACUUCUUUUACAUUAAGGUCAACCAGAAGGCUCAACGGACAGACUACACACCACUCUCUGGUGGGGAUCUGGGAAGCCAGGCUGCGAGGAGCAGUGUGGACUAUGGCACAGGAACUCCUGCUAAACUCAAGCCAGUCUCCAACCAGCUGGAACUAGGCCCAGACAAGAAUAUUGCCAGGCCCACCGCUUUCAAGCCUGUGCUCCCUCGUUCCAACACAGUCCUCCACUCUUCUCCAGAACAUGGUAGCCAUACCUCUCAGUCGCUCCAGUCUCAGGACAAAGCUAAAGAUGCGGACCUUAAGACAGCUUUGUGCUCUGGGGGACUAUCAGACUCAGGGCGGAACUCCAUGUCAAGCCUCCCGACUCACAGUACAGCCAGCAGCUACCAGUUGGACCCUCUUGUUGCCCCAGUGGGGCCCAUUAGCCGAUUUGGGGGCUCUGCCCACAACAUCACUCAGUGUGCCAUCCUUCAGAACAGUAACAUGAUGAGCCUCAAGGCUUUGUCGUUCUCUGACGGGGGAACCAAAAUCCUCAAUCCAGGCAAAACUGCUGCUGCCACUGCCCAUCCCCAACCUACUGAGAAUUCCUGCAUCCGCUCCCCAAUCUCCACAGAGGAGUCAGCCAUCCAUGAGUUGGAGCAAAAGCUGCUGGAGAGGGAAGGUGAGUUGCAGGAGCUCCAAAGCAGCUUUGAGGAGAAGGAGAUCACGUCCUGCCAAAGCUAUGAGGAAAAACAGAGGCGCUGCAGGGAUGAAAUGGAGCUGCUAAAGCAGAAGUGCAACAACAAACUCAAGCAGACCUCACAGAAGAGCCAGCGGGCGCAGCAGCUUCUGCAGCUCCAGGUCUUCCAGCUGCAGCAGGAGAAGAAGCAGCUCCGAGAGGAACUGGCAAACCUGAUGAAGGAGCAGGAUCUCCUGGAGACCAAACUAAGGUCCUACGAGAAAGAGAAGACCGCCUUUGCUCCAGCACUGGAGGAAACACAGUGGGAGGUUUGUCAGAAGUCUGGGGAAAUCUCUCUGCUUAAACAGCAGCUGAAGGAAUCCCAAACAGAACUCAACAGCAAGAUCAAUGAGGUCCUUAACAUGAAAGCUCAACUGAAGGAUGUUCGAGCGAAGAUGGAACUAUUAGAGAUGAAAAUCCAGGACUUGGAAGAGUCUCUGCAUGCCAAGGCUAUGGAGUUGGAUGUGAGUGAAAAUGAGCUUCAACGCAAGAAGAACGAGUCAGAACUGCUGAGGGAGAAGGUGAACUUGUUGGAGCAGGAAAUUGCAGAGCUCAGAACAGAACUGACAAUCCUCCGAGAGGAGAUGAAGUGUGGGAUGGCCCCAGGAAGCCUGGAGGCCAACGUGGCCGAGGAUGCCCAAGCUCUAUGGAGAGAAGUGGAGAAGCUGAAAGUGGAGUUGCAGGAGGAGCGGAACAACAACGAGCACAUGACAACUGGCUUCCAGCAGGAACGACAGACCUGGAAAGAGGAAAAAGAGAAAGUGAUCCACUACCAGAAGCAGCUGCAGCAGAGUUACUUGCACAUGUACAAACGAAACCAGAAUUUGGAGAAGAUGCUUCAUGAGUUGGCUGCAGGAGAGGAUGGCAAGGAGCCCUUAGAGCUUGACCUCCAGGGCACUGAUGUUCCUUAUGAGGACAUCAUUGCCACUGAAAUCUGAAUGGUGCUCAGUCUGCUUGCCCGCUCUGGAGGGGGUAGACUACUUUCAACCAGAUUAAAUCCAGGAGAACCACUUGUCCAUUGGUUGAAGUCCUUAACUAGCCAAAAUGCAUCACUCGCUGUCAUCAUGUCUCAUGGGCUUGUGUGGUGAGGCACUGUUCCCAGUUCAUCAUGCCCAGUGCAUUUCCACUUCUAAUGUAUUUUUUAAGAAAGAGAAAGGGUGUGCAUUGCUUAUUGACCAUUCUAACAGAGUAGAAUCAACCCCCAGUUGCAGCUCUGGUCAAAAACAUGCAAGUAUCUCUAUUCCAGAUGGAACAGGUGCCUCCCUCUUACCUGCAACUCAGGUACACAUUACCAAGGGAUGCUGGGAAGGGAAAUUUAGCUCCAUUUGCCCCCCCCCCCC